ACCUUAUUCCAGUGGAGAAGAAAAAUCCAGUAUCUUUGCCAAGAAAAACCCAAUGAACAGUAUUGGAGUGUGACCCCCGGGGUCACAAGCAAUUGGACUCAGCUGAAAAAUAACAUGAUCUAUCAUCUAUUCUCCAUAACUACCAAUAGGAUUUAAAUAAAAGAAGCAGGUUAUCAGAUGUGAAAUGCUUAGUAUUGAAAGGGGGGGAAAUAUCUAUGAAACUUACCUAAGACUUUACUUUUUCAGGUCAAUUUCAGAGGAAAUUUCGAUGGCCUACUUUUUGUAGGGGCUAAGGCAAUUUAAAGACCAAAAAACAAUCACCAAAAACAAACAAACAAACAAAUAAAUCAGUUCUGGCUCUCAAAGAGUUUAUACCAGAAAGGUGUUUGAUGGACGGGUGGUGCUAAAUUGUUGAACCAGGGCCAUCCAAGAUUAACAGCCAUAAUGCUGGUUGUAGGGGCUUCUGUCUUCCUCUCCAGUCACUCCUGUCCUGCUCAUGUCCGUCCUGGGCUCCUCGGAGUUUAAAUUACUUCUUUCCUCCCCCAGAGUGCCGGGCCCAGGCGCAAGGAGUGGGUGGGGCUAGCAAACACCUCCUCCUCUCCGGACCUCAUCUUACUACCUAGGCUUACUUAGCCCCUUUGCUCUUCGAAAUCGAACGACCUAACCGAGUCCGGCGAGGUGAGGAAAAGGUUCCCGUUCCCCGUACCUGCCCAAGCGCGGUAGGGCCAGGUAGUAGUGCUGGAGCGGGAGGGGGACGAGCCGCGCCUAGCAGAGCAGAGCCAAACACAGCAGAGUGGAGCUGAGCAGAGCUCCCCAUGACCGAGCCGCCUAAAGAACUGUGACCUCGCUUGUCUGCGAAGUAACCUGGCCAUUCUGACAUGUGACCUUGCGUUCCUGCCCAAUGCGGACCCUUCGGCCCCGCAGGAGGGCAGCAGCUAAAGGGCUCUGGAUACCCUGGUACCUGCCUCUAGUGGUACUGCUCCUGCUUCACAUUCUGCAGCUGGUGUUGUCAGCACCUUGUUUCAGUAAUGGUUUACCUAAACCGACCAAUGUCACUUUCUCAUCUGUAAACAUGAAGAAUGUUCUACAGUGGAAUUCACCAGAGAGUCUAAGAGGAGCUGAAGUUGUUUACACUGUGCAGUACCUAAUAUAUGGCCAAAAGAGAUGGCUGAAUAAAUCAGAAUGCAGAAAUAUAAACAGGACCUCCUGUGACCUCUCCUAUGAGACUUAUGACCAUGAAGAACAAUACUAUGGGAGAGUUAAGGCCAUCUGGGGAAAACAUUGUUCCAAAUGGGCAGAGACAGAACGAUUUAAUCCUUGGUUAGAAACACAAAUUGGCCCCCCAGUGGUUGCUUUGACUCCUGGUGAGAAAUCAAUUUCAGUUGUUCUGACAGCCCCUCAGAAGUGGAAGAGGAAUGCAGAAGAUACUUCUAUAUCCAUGCACCAAAUCUACCCCAAUAUGAAAUAUAAUGUAUCAAUCUACAAUAGCAAAACAAGCAAAAAGUGGUACAAAUUUGUAAUAAAUUAUACCUUGGAGCUUUCCCUGUUGGAGUCAGAGACACUCUAUUGUAUCAGUGUGCAAGUCUAUGUCCCAGGACCACUUCGAAAGACUAAGCCUUCAGAAAAGCAAUGCAUCACUACCUUGAAAGAUAAAACUUCAGAGUUGAAAGUAAGAAUCAUCCUUUUUUAUGUUUUGCCCAUUUUUGUUACAGCCUUUAUUUUUUCAGUAAUAGGCUACUCCACGUACAGAUACAUACAUAUUGGCAAGGAGAAACAACCAACCAAUUUGGUAUUGAUUUAUGGAACUGGAUUUGACCAAAGACUUUUUGCACCUGCUGAAAAAAUAGUAGUUAACUUUAUUACCCUCAGUAUUGUAGAAGAUUCUAAAACUUCCUCAAAGGAUCUGAGUUUAAUGGAAAAAGUCAGUGACAUUUCUGACUUGAGCACUGCUGAAAAUAUGGAGGAUAAGAGCCAUCAAGAGGAACUAGAAGUGAAGCACUUGGGUUAUGCUUCAAAGGCGAUGGACAUUUUUUGUGACAAUAAUGAAACUUUACACUGCCUUUCUCCAGUUCAACACAGAUUACUUUGUACUGCAAGAACAAAGACUGAAGCAAUCAUAGAAUAUGAAUUUGAUGUGAGACCUAGUGACAUUGGUACAGAAUAUCAGGAUCAGGAGAUUAAUUUACAAGAAGGAAUAGCCUUUCAGGGCAAAUUAAUGCUUGAAUCAGAGAAUACAUUAGCAAAUUUUGACCAGGAGGCAUACAAUCCACAGCAAAGAAAUCUUCAACAGGAAACACAGGAAGACACAGAGACAAAGAAGAAACAAAAGGAAGAAGAAUCAAGGACAUUAGUAGACUGGGAUCCCCAAACAGGGAGACUACAUAUACCAUCUCUAUCUGAUUGUGAACAUAUUGUAGAUGAGAAAAGAGGACAUUCUGAAUGUGAUGAGUAUCCAGAUAAGGGACUUUUGUCAAAACUUUAUGAUACACAAGUGCCCAGCAAAUCCCCUCCAGGAAAUGAAACCUAUCUUGUGCAAUUCAUGGAGGAAUGGGGACUACACAUACAAAUGGAAGACUAGCUUUAGAAACUUAGUUUAUUUGUUUUGUUGACAUUUUUUCAAGGCAUAUACCGACAAACAGAUGAGUUCAACUACACUAAAAUCACUUGAAAAAAAAAGAGUUUUUAUAAACAGAUUUUAAAAUUUUAAUAUUUUCUUUCCCCGAUUACAU